CAAGCGCCGGACACCAUGAAGAGCCUCAAGUCCCGCUUGAAGAAGCAAGAGGCGUCUGCUCUGUUCCCUGCCAGCGGGGCAACCGGUCCGCAAACAGAUUGGAACAAAUAUGAUGACAGACUAAUGAAAGCAGCUGAAAGGGGAGAUGUAGAAAAAUUGUCCAGCAUCCUUGCUAAAAAGGGAAUCAAUCCUAGUAAAUUAGAUGUGGAAGGCAGAUCUGCAUUCCAUGUUGUUGCAUCAAAGGGAAAUUUGGAGUGUUUGAAUGCUAUACUUGUACAUGGAGUUGACAUUACUGCCAGUGAUAUUGCAGGGAGAAGUGCCCUUCACCUUGCUGCGAAAUAUGGACAUGCUUUGUGCUUACAAAAGCUUUUACAGUACAACUGCCCCACUGAACAUGCAGACCUGCAGGGUAGGACUGCACUUCAUGAUGCAGCGAUGGCAGAUUGUACUUCUAGCAUACAACUGCUUUGUGACCAUGGAGCCUCAGUAAAUGCCAAAGAUAUGGAUGGGCGUACACCACUGGUACUGGCCACUCAGAUGUGUAGACCAUUAAUAUGCCAACUUCUGAUUGAUCGGGGUGCAGAUGUUAAUGCCAGAGACAAACAAAGCAGGACUGCACUUAUGUUAGGUUGUGAGUAUGGUUGUAAGGAUGCUGUGGACGUUUUAAUUAAAAAUGGUGCAGAUGCCAGCUUGUUAGAUGCUCUAGGCCAUGAUACUUCUUACUAUGCAAGAAUUGGUGAUAAUCUGGACAUUCUAUCCUUAAUGAAGACUUCAGCUGAAAAUGCAAACAAAGGGAGAGAACCUUUGAAGAAAGGACUGUCUUUCCAGCAGGUAUCUUAUGUUCCACCAACACGAAAUCUGUUGCAUAUGCAAGAUGAUGUAAAUAUGAGAUCAUAUCAAUGGGAGCAGAAAAAUGUUCAGGAUCUAGAGGCUGAAAAUGAAGAUUUGAAAGAGAAAUUGAGAACUAUUCAACAAGAACAAAGAAUAUUAAUCGAUAAAGUCAAUGGAUUGCAACUUCAAUUAAAUGAGGAAGUAAUGGUUGCCGAUGAUCUUGAAAAUGAGAAAGAAAAACUGAGAUCCCUUUUGACAGUCAAGGAAAAACAGCAUGAAGAAAGCUUACGGACUAUUGAAGCUCUGAAAAACAGAUUCAAAUAUUAUGAGGGUGACUUUGUGGGAGCAGGAAGUCACUUCAAUGGUAGAAAAGAAGAUGUGCUUCUUAAGCAGACUCAGAUUUUUGUUUCAGAAUCACAGUAUACUUCUUCAGGUAUUCCAGUACCAGCCCACAUACAAACAAGAUCAAUGCUAAGACCAUUGGAACUGUCCUUACCCAAUCAAACUGCUAUUUCUGAAAAUGAGAUUUUAAAGAAAGAGCUGGACACUAUGAGAACCUUUUGUGAUUCAGCUAAACAGGAGAAAAUUAAACUCCAAAAUGAACUGGCCCACAAAGUGGCAGAAUACAAAGCUUUGGCAUUAGAAUGUGAAAGAGUCAAGGAGGAUUCUGAUGAACAGAUAAAGCAAUUAGAAGAUGCUUUGAAAGAUGUGCAAAAGAGAAUGUAUGAGUCAGAAGGUAAAGUAAAGCAAAUGCAAACUCAUUUUCUUGCUCUGAAGGAGCACUUGACAAAUGAAGCGGCUUCAGGAAAUAACAGAUUAACAGAAUUAAGGGAUCAGUUGAAAGACAUGAAAGCAAAGUAUGAAGGAGCUUCUGCUGAAGUAGGAAGGUUAAAGAACCAAAUCAAACAAAAUGAAAUGUUAGUAGAGGAGUUUAAAAGGGAUGAAGGGAGGCUAGUAGAAGAAAAUAAACGAUUACAGAAAGAAUUUAGCAUGUCUGAAAUAGAGCGAGAGAAGAGAGGGAAAAAAGCUUUGGAGAUGGAAGGCCAGCUAAAAGAAUUAGCAACAAAGUUGGCCCUCUCUAUCCCUGCUGAAAAAUUUGACAACAUGAAGAACUUGUUAUCAAAUGAAGUGAAUGAGAAAGCAAAACUGUUUGUGGAGAUGGAAAAAGAAUAUGAAAAAUCACAGACUGAACUCAGACAGUUAAAGAGAGAACUUGAGAACUAUAAAGCUAAGCUUUCUCAUUACAUAAGGCCAGAAGAACAUGAAGAACUUAAGGACAAAUUUGAACACAAGUCAGGUGAACUGGGAAAGAAAAUCACUGAAUUAACUUUGAAGAAUCAGGCAUUACAGAAAGAACUCGAGAAGGUUUGUGCAGAUAACAAGCUACUAAACCAACAGUUGCAGAACUUAGCAAUUGAUAUGAAAACUCAUUAUAUUCCUUUAAAGUUGAAUGAAGAAAUGAAAAAGUCAUAUAGUUUGACUAUUGAUGAUUUGAACAAAAAACUAAUGGAUUUAACACAAAAGUAUAAGGAAAAAGACAUGGAAAAUGAGAAACUGAUGAUAGAAAAAACCAAUUUAAGCAAGAAUGUUUGUCAUCUUGAAGCUACAUAUAUCCCUCUAGAAAACCAUGAAAAAGAGAUAAUAUCUCUAAAAUCUAAUAUCAGUGAACUUAAAAAAGAACUUUCAGAACUUAAUAAAAUAAAUGGUGGUAGGGAAGAAAAGUUGCAUGUAAUAAUAUCCGAGAAUGAAAAACUGAAAAGGACAAUAAAUGAACAGUACAUGCCUGUUACAACUCAUGAAGAAAUUAAAGCAGUGCUAAAUAACACAUUGGAUAAAACUAACAGAGAAUUGACAGAUGUAAAAAGAAAACUUGAAGAUAUAAAAAAAGAAUUUGUACAAGUAAGAGAUGAGAAUGGAGUAUUAAAAAAAAAGCUAGAGGAUUCUAAGAACCAAAUGGAAGCUGAGUAUAUCAGCAUAAAAGAACAUGAAGAUAAAAUGAAUGCUAUCAACAAAAGCCUGAAAGAAACACAGGAAAAUAAUGCUGAAGUACUUGCUAAGUAUAAUAAGGGUGAAAAAGAGAUUUUAACUUUGCUUGCUGAGAUUGAAGCCCAGAAAAAGGAACUUGAUACAAUACAAGAAUGCAUUAAGCUAAAGUAUGCUCCACUUGUUAGUUUUGAAGAACGAGAGAAAACCUUUAAAGCCACUGUGAAAGAACUCAAGGAUCAGUUGUUAACACAGACACAAAGAUGCAGAUUAGGGGAAGAGGAGGCUCGUAAAUGUCAGCAGGAGAAUGAAAAGUUAAAGAAUGAGGUUCUCAUGAUUCAGAAAGAUUUGAAGAAUAAGGAUAUUCUUAUUGAGAAUUCCCGUGAAUUGGAGAAAAUAUUGAAACAAAAAACAGAAGAACUUAACAAACAGCUAAAGAAUUUGUCAGAAAAAUACACAGAGAUAAUAAAUGAAAAAGUGAAACUCCUGGAAGAAAAUGCCAAACAGAACUCUGAAGUACUUGCAACACAAGCACUUUUGCAGAAAUAUGUUCCCCUGGGGCAGGUUGAAGCACUGAAAAACUCUCUUAAUGGCACAAUUGAGGCUCUGAGAGAAGAACUCAGGGACAAGCAGAGGCAUCAUGAGGAAGCUCAACGGGCAGCAACUGAAUGGCAGCAAAUGUUAGAGAAUCAAAAGCAUUCUUCUGUGCCCCUGGUAGAACAUGAGCAGAUAAAGGAAACAUUGGAGAAAGAAGCUGGGUUCAUGAAAGCCAAAUUGAGUGAAAAGGAAGAAGAAAGUCAAGCCAAAACAGAAAAGAUCUCUAGACUCCAAGAUGAGAUUCAUAAUUUGAAACAAGCUUUUAAGAAAUUAGAGUCUAGAGGGGUUAUUGAUUUAUCUGAAUAUAACACAGUGAAAAGUGCCUUAGAGGCACAAAUUACCAACAUAACAGAAAAUUUCACUGCUUUGAAUAAAAAGUAUGAGGAAGUAUGUGAAGAAGCUGCGCGUGCUAAAAAGGCAGAACUGUCUGCAAAAGAUGAAAAAGAAUUGAUACAAUCAAGGAGCUUAAGCAUUGAACAAGAAAUUAAGGAUCAAAAAGAGAGAUGUGACAAAUCUUUAACAACAAUUACUGAUUUACAAAGAAGAAUGCAAGAGUCUGGCAAACAAAUAGAAGCAAAAGACAAUAAGAUAACAGAACUGCUUAAUGAUGUGGAACGACUAAAACAGGCCCUGAAUAGCCUCUCACAACUUACAAACCAACAAGUGGAAACACUUCAGCACCAGGUGAAAUCUCUACAACAGCAGCUGGUUGAUGCUGACAGACAGCACCAAGAAGUGAUUGCAAUAUAUCGGACACAUCUUCUUAGUGCUGCACAGGGUCACAUGGAUGAAGAUGUUCAAGCUGCCUUACUCCAGAUCAUCCGCAUGAGGCAGGGACUUGUUUGCUAGAGCACUUAGUCCUGGUGUCUGGAGCUUGUGACUGUGUUUGUAUUAACCUCCACAGUUUUCCCUUCUUACUAUGGAUUUUAUU